CAAAAUUGAAUUUCUCCACACCUCUCUUAUAUACGAUAGUAUCAUCACGAUUUUUUGAUAACUCACACCACAAUAUCUCCGAAAGAAUAAAAUGGAUUCAUCACUUGACGUCAUCGAAGUGUCACGAGUCACUCCUUCUGACUCGUCCGAGUCACUCACUCUCCCGCUCACUUUCUUCGACCUUCUCUGGUACAAACUCCACCCCGUCCAACGAGUCAUCUUCUACCGACUCACCGACGCAACUCGUCCUUUCUUCGACUCAGUCAUCGUCCCCAAUCUCAAAUCCUCUCUCUCCUCAACUCUCUCUCACUACCUCCCACUCGCUGGCCAACUCGUCUGGGACUCGCUCGAACAAAAGCCGAGCAUCGUCUACACUCCAAACGACGCCGUUUCAUUCACCAUCGCCGAGUCCAACGCCGAUUUCUCUAGUUUCACCGGAAACAAACCGUUUCCCGCCACCGAGUUGUACCCAUUAGCCCCCGAGUUAACCAUCUCCGAUGACUCGGCCACCGCCGUGUCGUUCCAAGCCACGCUAUUUCCAAACCAAGGGUUUUGCAUCGGCGUAACUGCACACCAUGCCGUUUUAGAUGGAAAAACGACAACCAACUUUCUCAAAUCCUGGGCCCACACAUGCAAACGGCAACAAGAGGAAACGCCGAACGUUUCUCUACCGCAGGAUCUAAUCCCGAUUUAUGAUCGUACGGUCGUCAAAGGUCCAAAAGAUAUCGAUAUGAAGAUUCUGAACCAGUGGCACACAGUGAUAACAUUCUUCUCCGGAGGCAAAGAACCAGAAAACCCCAAAAGCUUAAAACUUUUUCCGUCGCCGGCGAUUAAUCCCGACGUUGCUCGAUUCACUCUCGAUCUCACACUAGAAGACAUCCAAUCGCUUCGCGAGCGACUCAAGAGAGAAUCCUCUGCACCGUCGUCGUCAUCGAAGGAGCUUCGAUUGUCGACGUUUGUGGUCACGUACUCGUACGUGUUAUCCUGCUUAAUCAGAGCUCGAGGCGGAGAUCCGAAUAGACCGGUCGGGUACGGGUUUGCGGUGGAUUGUCGGAGCCUCUUGGAUCCGCCGAUUCCGGUGAAUUACUUCGGUAAUUGCGUUUCGGCGACGUUUAAUAUGUCGUUAGCGGCGAAGACGUUUUUCGGAGAAGAAGGGUUUUUGGCGGCGGCGAGGAUGGUUAGCGAUUCGGUCGAGGGGUUAGAUGAAUCUGUGGCGUUUAACAUUCCGGACGUUUUGGCAGCGUUUACGACGAUUCCACCUGGAUCGCAGGUUCUUUCUGUUGCCGGGUCGACCCGGUUUGGAGUUUACGGGUUGGAUUUCGGGUGGGGGAGACCGGAGAGAGUGGUGGUUGUGUCGAUCGAUCGAGGCGAAGCGAUUUCUAUGGCGGAGAGUAGAGAUGGAAAUGGCGGUGUGGAGAUUGGCUUCUCACUCAAGAAACACGAAAUGGAGGCUUUGAUUGAUUUGCUUCAUGGCGGAUUAAAAAAUUAAAUCUUUUUUUCUUUUUUUUUCAUUAAAGAUGAAAUCACUUUACCGGUUAAAUCAACGUAUGAGCUUUGUUUAAUUUAUUGUAGACGUAAAAAAAAAAGAUUAUUUGAGAAGUAAUAAACAAAAACAACAACGAAUUAAU